UUAAAAAAGAGCAACAUGAAAUUUGCAACUAAAGCCAUACAUGCAGGUCAGGAACCUGAUCCAACAACAGGAGCGGUAAUGACUCCAAUCUAUCAAACCUCUACUUACUGGCAAAAAUCGCCGGGUGAGCACCAGGGUUUUGAAUAUUCGAGAGGAACAAACCCAACCCGUCAGGCAUUGGAAAAUUGUCUUGCUGCACUUGAAAAUGCGAAAUAUGGUAUGGCAUUCUCUUCAGGAAUGGGAGCGACAGAUACUGUUUUGCGUCUUUUACAACCAGGUGAUGAAGUGAUUACAGGUAAUGACCUUUACGGAGGUUCAUACCGAAUCUUUACUAAAGUAUAUGCAAAAUAUGGCAUUAAAUUUCAUUUUCUGGAUUUGUCAAAACCAGAAAAUAUGCUGCCAUAUAUCAAUGAUAAAACUAAGUUGGUAUGGAUUGAAACACCUACUAAUCCAACAAUGCAGAUUAUCGACAUUGAAGGUGUAGCUAAAAUCACGAAAGAAAAAGGGUUGAUCCUGACUGUAGAUAACACUUUUGCUUCUCCAUAUUUACAAAAUCCGAUUGACCUUGGAGCUGAUAUUGUGAUGCACUCCGUGACUAAAUACAUUGGUGGUCACUCUGAUGUAGUGAUGGGUGCUUUAUUGUUGAAUGACGAUCAGUUGUACAAAGACCUUUGGUUCAUCUACAAUGCUUGUGGUGCAACUCCAGGUCCGCAAGAUGCUUUUCUUGUAUUAAGAGGUAUUAAAACGCUGCACCUGCGUAUGAAAGCACAUUGCGAAAAUGGUGAGAAAGUUGCCCGUUUCCUUAAAACUCACCCAAAAAUUGAUAAAAUCUACUGGCCAGGCUUUGAGGAUCACCCUAAUCAUGACAUUGCGAAAAAGCAGAUGCGUGGUUUCGGAGGAAUGGUUUCUAUUACCCUUAAAGGUGCCGAUCUGGCAGAAACAUUCAGAGUAGCUUCUUCUUUUAAAGUAUUCACUUUAGCAGAAUCAUUAGGUGGAGUUGAAUCAUUGAUUAAUCACCCUACUACAAUGACUCACGGUUCAAUCCCAAAAGAGGAGCGUGAAAAAGUAGGGGUAACAGAUAACCUGUUACGUUUGAGUGUUGGAGUAGAAGAUAUUGAUGAUCUGUUAGCAGAUUUAGCGCAGGCACUGAGUUAA